AUGCAGUUGACUGCCAUCGGAAGCCGGAAGGAGUGUAUCCCGGGCCCGGAGUUGCUUCCACCUACACAUGUUACAAAACCUUUCACUAAAACCUGCGUUAGGCUGCGAGAAACAUGGGAACAAGUGAAUGCUUUAAACAAUUACCAGAUGGGUUACGGUAUAGAUUCUGCGACGUGGCCUGAGGGGGUGAACAUCCCGGAGGAAGUGAAAAGCCUGAUUGAACGCUUUUUCGAGACUGUUGACACCAACCGCGAUGAUGCUGGUGAUAUUUUAGCAGAUGAACUAUUUGCUGAAGAUGGCGUGGCUUACUUUGGCGCCCAUCCCUUUCGAGGACCAGAAGAAAUUCGGAAGUCUCGGAUCCAUGCAUGGGAUGCGAUAGAAACGCGGAAGCACAAGGUUUUGAGAGUUUAUACUCGGGCGCCCAAUUGUAACGACUUCCUGUUUGUUGCGCAUGUGGCCAUGGGUCUCAAAAACGGCAAGAAUGUCGAUGGAGAAUUCGUUGGGCGUUUUACCGUCUCCCACUCUCAGUCCAAGAGUCCGAAGCUUUCACUUUAUCAAGUCUGGGGCCCAAUGCAGCAAACCUAA